AUGCCUGCACCGUCCUGUGGUAAAUGCUUAAAGUAUCUACUGCUGGUGUUCAACAUACUAACUCUGCUGAUAGGGUGUGCUGUUCUGGUAGUAGGUCUCUACACCCUGCUUUCUCAAUUUGGAUCCCGAGAAGUUGCAGCAAUCGUUGGUACAGAUCUUUAUGAAGCUGGUUCCUACGUACUAAUUGCUGGCGGAGGCUUGAUUAUUGUCAUAUCGUUCUGCGGUUGGUGCGGAACGAUACAAGAAAAUAGAACGUUUCUGUGUUGUUAUAUAUUUAUUUUAAGUUUGUUGUUGACAGUUUUUAUAGCUGCAGCUGUCGUCGGUUUCAUCUUUAAAGAUCAGAUAACAGACCAGCUCCAAGUCGAGUUAGAGACCAGAAUAAUUUAUAAAUAUGGCGUGAAUUUAGAUAUCAGAGAAAAUAAUUUCUUCACCGAGGCUUGGGAUAGACUCCAGUUAAAGAUAAUGUGUUGUGGAGUAAGUGGAAAUAUCAACUCGACAGAUUCCUGGGCUUUUUAUAAACAUUAUCAUACUCGAUGGUAUGAACAGUUUCAACCAGGUAGUCCGUAUGUACCCGAGAGUUGUUGUGACCCAGCAGGAGAGGACCCCAAAUGCCAGGGUGACAUGGAGAUGAACGGUCCACCUAGUCUCGGACCACCAGUAAAUUCUGAUAUGGUAUUAAAUAUGGCGCUGUAUACUGAUGGUUGUUUUGAUAAAAUUAAAAAUAUUUUAAAGUUUAAUUCUGUUCUGAUAGCAAUUAUUGGUGUUACAGCUUUAGCCUUUACUCUGCUGGCCAUAUUGUUAUCUAUCUGUCUGUUUAGAUAUAUUGGAGACGGGGAGGUUGUGUGA